CAUCAACAAUAUUAUCCUCAUGGAGAUACAUGUGCAAGUAUUUAACUGUUUUAAGUAGGCAACAGCUUUCAUCGCAUGCUUCUUUCGGUUACGUUAAACUAUAAUAACUUUAGCUUGUUAGCCAAACAAGCUAAUAUUAGGAUCGCAAGUUGAGGUUAACGUUAUCCAGCUCGUAGACAAUAUCUCGGGUUUAAUUUGUAGAGAUGAAGGGAAAAUGGAAGCAAAACAGCAAAAAGAAGAAGGGAAAUGCUGUGUUACAGAAAUACAUGGUGGCGGUGGAUGAAUUUGUUAAAAGCAAAAGUGGCACAGAAGAAGAAGAGCAUGACCAUGGGGUUAGAUUUGUUAAAAAGAAAAGCAGAAAGGAGUUACGCAAAGAAAAGCGAAAAAUGAAAAAAGCCAAAAUGAAAAGUCAUUAUGAGGGUAAGAAGACUGUCAGUGUACCCCCAGGUGCUGAUGGAAACUCAGGAAUAGCAGCUGAGAAACAGCCACAGGUGCAGAAGAAGAAGAAAACCGAGAAAACCAAGAAAGAAGUGUCAAAAGAUCAUUCAAACCAGUCUGCUGGUGCUACUACAGAAAAAUCGGAUAAGUCUAAAAUGCCCUCGUCUUCCAAGAAAGGCAAGAAAAUUAAUAAACUUCAAGAAUCAAGAAAAAUGGCGCUCAUGGAAGCAAAUGAACAAGAAGACAGAGAAAUAAAGAAGCUAGAGCGCUGCCUGGGAUUAAACAAGAGGAAAAACAAAAAAAGUCUCCCACAGUCCUUUGUGGCUGAUGGACUCGAUUAUAUCCUUGGCAUGCUUGACUCCAGCUCAUCAGCUGCAGGUAUGUAUGAUGAUGACGAUGACAUGGACAUGGCCAAACAGAACUUUGAAAAGCUCGAUGAGAAUGACUCUGAGGUGUCAGAUGAGGAUGAAGAACUUGGAGAGAAGAUGCCAAGUGAGGGCAGCGAUGAAGAUAUGGCUUCAUUUGAUGAUGAAAAUGAGGAGGAGGAGGAGGAGGAUGAAAUGCUUGAUGAGGAUGAAGCAGAGGAGGAGGAAAUGGAGGAUGACCAAGACGAGAUGGAUGAGAGUGAUGAAAAUGAAGAGGGGGAAACUGAAGAAGAUGUACACACAAAGACAUCAGACUGCAAGUCAGAAACGGUCUCCUCUACAGCUGGUAAAUAUGUGCCACCUCACUUCCGAAACACUGGAGAUGACAAACGCAAAGCUGAGCUCGAAAGACUGAAGAGGAAUGUGAAAGGCCUGGUGAACAGGCUGAGUGAGCCCAACAUGGCAUCUAUCAGCAGUCAGCUGGAGGAGCUGUACAUGAACUGCAGCAGGAAGGAUAUGAAUGACACCCUGACAGAGGUGCUUCUAGCAGCCUGCGUCACCCCGACCCUGAUGCCUGACAGACUGCUGAUGGAGCACGUCCUGCUGGUCAGCAUCCUCCAUCACUCUGUCGGGUUGGAGGUGGGGGCCCAGUUUCUAGAGACGGUUGUGCGAAAGUUCGACGAGUUGUACAAGAACCCAGGUGAAGGCAAAGAGUGCAACAACCUGGUUGCCAUUGUAGCUCACCUCUACAACUUCCAGGUGGUGCAUUCCCUUCUCAUCUUCGACAUCCUAAAACUUUUAGUGGGAGCAUUUACAGAGAAAGACAUUGAAUUAGUUCUGUUUGUGCUGAGAAAUGUCGGCUUUGCCCUGAGGAAGGACGACGCUCUGGCUUUAAAGGAGCUCAUCUCUGAAGCCCAACGCAAGGCCAGUGAUUUGGGGUCGAAGUUUCAGGAUCAAACCAGGGUGCGUUUCAUGUUGGAAACCAUGCUGGCUUUGAAGAACAAUGAUAUGCGGAAGAUCCCAGGCUAUGAUCCUGAGCCUGUGGAGAAACUGAGGAAGCUGCAGAGGACUCUGAUCAACCGCAGUGCAGGAGGCAGCGACAUGAAACUGAGGGUCUCUCUGGAUAAUCUCCUGGCUGCAGAACAAGUCGGCCGCUGGUGGAUUGUUGGCUCCUCAUGGAGCGGAGCGCCCAUGAUCAGUGAACAAGGGAACACAACUGCAAAACAGAGUACUGCUGAAGGACAGUUUAGUGCCAAAGUCUUUGAGCUGGCUAGGAAACAGCGGAUGAACACUGAUGUGAGGAGAAAUAUCUUCUGUGUUCUUAUGACCAGCGAAGAUUACCUGGAUGCAUUUGAAAAACUGCUGAGGAUGGGACUGAAGGAUAAGCAGGAGAGAGAGAUUGUACACGUUCUAAUGGACUGCUGCCUGCAGGGGAAAACCUUUAACGCUUUCUACGCUGUGCUGGGAGAAAAAUUCUGCUCCCACGACCGUCGCUUUCAGAUGACUUUCCAGUUCAGCUUAUGGGACAAGUUCAGGGAGCUGCCCAACCUUCCCAGCAGCACCUUUAACAAUCUGCUCCAGCUAGUCGCCCACUUCCUCCAGACAAAGUGCCUCUCACUCUCCAUACUUAAAGUAAUAGAGUUUGGGGAACUAGAUAAGCCCACAGUACGCUUCUUGCGUCAGAUGCUGACGAAACUACUAAAAGAAACUGAGCCUGAGGACAUCACCAGCAUAUUUGGAAGGAUUUCAGGAAUUCCCAAGCUAGGAAUGCUGCGGGAGGGCUUGAAGCUUUUCAUCAGCCACUUCCUGCUGAAGAAUGCCCAGUCACAGGGACCAGCUGAGCAAGCAGCAAUGCUGUCAGAGCGAGCUCAGGUCGCUACUAAAGCCAUGGAGGCCAAAGAGGCCAAGCUCAAACUGUAAUACACACAACAGACAUGCUUUCAAACAGAACUGUGCAACAGAAGAAGGCUUGUUGGUGUGAAAUGCCUCUUAAUGCAGAGAACACAAACCUACUUUGAAAGAAGAAAAUCUGAUUUUAAUAUUAAAUCAAUGUUUCUGCUUUGGGGGGAGUCCUUGUAAAUAUUUUUUUUCUGUGACAAUUUUUAAGAAAGCCGUUUUCAAACACUCACCAGUCUCAGCACUGUGUAUAUUAUUUUAAAUUACAACAGAUUUAGGUUAUGUUUAAUCACAAUUUGAUAACAAUGUACAUUUUCCAUGACAGGGCUCCUAUACUUGUUAAUGAAAUGGAUUUGAUACACAUUCUUCAUAAAAUCCUCAGUAAAUAACAGCCAUUUUGCCUAAAGCUUUGAUUUCUCUCUUAAAACUCCUUAUUUCUUCUUCUUAUGCUUUAAUAUAUAUUUUCUUAGACCGCCCUCAUGGAGGCAGUGUACAGCAAGAGUUAAUAUCACAAGGUUCCAACACCUAGAACCAUUCUUCUGGGCUUUACUGAGUCUAUUUACACUUUUACACAGAAUAAAGCACAUUAUAAUAAAGUCCUUUUCAGCCUUAAACACAA